ACGGCAACCGCAAAUGUCACAACAUGCAUUUGACAUUUCUGUAAAUUUUGCAGGAUACGUGUAAAGUUAUAAUUUUAAAAUUUAGUUAAUGUUUGUUGUAGUAUUUUGUUGUGAUACGCACGCAUUUUUUAUGUACACAUUACAAACAAUGCCUAAAUAUUAAAAUAAACAUUUAACUCCACCGUGUUCUAGUUAUAAACGGCAAGAAAUGGAAGAAACAGCUGUGUUGUUGGCACUGGUAUUUGUUAUGCUAGUUGGGUCCUUUCUAGCAGGAUCUAUCCCAUUAUUUUUUACAUUUUCAGAGGACAAAUUAAAAAAGAUAAGUGUAUUUGGAGCUGGUCUUCUAGUGGGCACAGCACUAGCUGUUAUCAUUCCAGAAGGUGUAAGAUCGUUGAUUCCACAAGAAUCUCAUGGACAUGGGGCCUCUAGUGAACCUCAUAUCGAAGACCAUAAGGAUCCCUUGUCAGUAAUUGGUAUUAGUUUAGUUUUGGGAUUUAUAUUUAUGCUGCUAGUGGAUCAGAUAUCCCAAAGUCGAAACGAAAACGUCAAUCCAUCCGAAAGGAACAUUACCGCUACCGUCGGAUUGGUGGUGCACGCAGCUGCGGAUGGAGUGGCGCUCGGUGCGGCAGCUACGACUAGUCAUGCGGACGUAGAAAUAAUCGUAUUCCUAGCAAUAAUGUUACACAAGGCGCCUGCUGCCUUCGGUCUCGUCACUUUUCUUCUUCACGAAGGAAUCGAGAGGCAGAGGAUACGUAAACAUUUGUUGAUAUUUUCAUUAGCUGCUCCCGUCCUAACAUGUUUGACGUAUUUCGGAAUAGGACAGAAGCAAAAAGAGACUCUUAGUUCACUGAAUGCGACAGGUAUAGCGAUGUUGUUUUCGGCGGGAACCUUCCUGUACGUAGCAACCGUCCACGUUUUAGCGGAUAUAACGCAAGGCCACGAACACAGCUACGACAGACUGCCGCAAUCGGAGAACUCUAAACUGCCCUCGCCCAGUUCUCGAUUAAAAUCUGUAGAAUUACUCUUCCUCGUUGUGGGAUGCAUGUGUCCGUUGUUGCUGUCGAUAGGCCAUCACCACUAAGUUCCUUUUUCAUAGGCUCCAAAAUUUUGUUUUCUAUACACCGUGUGAUGAUUAUUUUGUGCUUUUGCGAAGUUUAUUUAUAAAAAUUAAAAUGGGACUAUGUUAUGAGUCCGUUCCGAUGAAGAUAGCUACAAAUUAUGAAUGACAUAACGAAAUUUGGUGUUUGGCAAGGAACACAAAUUUACCUCUUCCAAUAGAUAUGAACCAUCAACAGCUUGAAUACGUAAAUCAAUACAAAUAUCUUGGUUGCUGGUUCAAUAAUCAACUUGAUUGUAUAGACCAGGAAGGAUCUGUUUUUAGGUGGAUGUGAGAGGUGGCAUUCGGAUUUUUGCGGAUAAAGUUAGGUGAUAACUUCGUUAAUAAUAAUUGACUUAUACUCCUUCUCAAAUAUGCCCGGAACAUUAAUAAAAAAAUCAUCAUCAUCAACUAGCCUAUAUUUGUCCACUGCUGAACGUAGGCCUCCCGUAAAAAUUUCCACCUAUUUCUAUCUUGAGCUUCUUGCAUCCAAUUUGUGGUGAUGCGCUUGAUAUCAUCCGUCCAUCUAGUCGGUGGUCGUCCUCUGCUUCGAUAUGCCUCCUGCCUUGGUCGCCAUUCCAGAAUCUUUUUGGUCCAUCUGUCAUCCGUCAGUCUGGCAACAUGUCCUGCCCAAACCCAUUUAGCCAUGGCUAUUCUUUCAACUGCCUCCGUGACUCCUGUUCUUCUUCUUAUUUCUAGGUUCGGUACUUUAUCUCUGAUGGUAAUACCUAACAUUGAUCUUUCCAUAGCGCGUUGUGUAACUCUUAUUUUAUUUAUUGUUCUUUUUGUCAGAGUUAGUGUUUCUGCACCAUAUGUAAGAACCGGCAAAACACACUGGUCAAAAACCUUUCUUUUUAAACAAACUGGAAUAUUAGACUUGAAAAUGUUAUUUAAUCUACCGAAGGCAGCAGCCCAUGUGAGACCUAUCCUUCUUUGUAUUUCAGUUGUCUGGUUAUCUCGGCCUAAGCGAAUCUCAUGCCCUAGAUAUUUGUAAGCUAUUACUUGGUCGAUGCUAUGACUCUCAAUCUGAAUUUUAUCGCUGACUACAAGGUUGGUCAUAAAUUUUGUCUUUGAGGUGUUAAUUUUAAGACCAAUUGUUUUUGACACUUUAUAGAGCGUGUGCAGCAUUUUUGUAGCUUUAUCAACUCUAUCAGAUAUUAAAACGAUGUCAUCGGCAAAUCUUAGGUGGUUCAGAUCCUCCCCGUUUAUAUUGAUUCCCAUAUUAUCCUCUCCUUCCAUUUGCUUGAACAUAUAUUCAAGAACAGCUGUAAACAAUUUCGGGGAGAUAGUAUCACCCUGUCGAAUUCCACGUUCUAUUCUAAAUUUCUUGGUAUCUUCAUGAAGUCGAACACAAGCUGUACCAGUUUCGUAGAUACUUUUAAUCAAGGCGAUAUAUCGGUAGUCAAUGCGGCAGUCCGCCAAUGCUCGAAGCAUUUUAUGAUGAUCUAUAGUAUCGAACGCCUUUUCAUAAUCCACGAAUAUAAGAAAGAUAGGCUUGUUAUACUCUGUGCACUUUUCUAUUAGCGUUUGUAUAACUUGUAUACUCUAUAACUUGUAGAUGAUCGUUUGUUCCGUAUCUGGAGCGGAACCCAGCCUGUUCACAAGGUUGGUAACUAUCCAGUUUGUUCACAAGCCGUUUUGUUAUUAUCUUCAUGAAUAGUUUGUAUGUAUGGGAGAGCAAACUAAUAGGUCUGUAGUUCUUCAGAUCUGAAAUGUCACCUUUUUUAUGCAUUAUGGUUAUUAUUGCAUUAUGCCACUGAGAGGGGGUUACCCCUCUUGUCAAACAAACAUUGAACAUCUUUUUCAACACAUUUAUUAACGUUUCUCCUCCUUCUUUGAUGUGUUCAAUGACUAUCCCAUCUUCUCCAGGUGAUUUAUUGUUUUUCAUCUCCGAGAGAGCUGAUUUUAUUUCCUCUGUUGUGAUAUCUGGGAUGUCUUCUGAGCCUACAUUUUGAACUUUUGGUAUUUGACUUUGAUCAGGAUCUGGAAGUUCUUCUCGCUUAUACAAUUCUGAGUAAAAAUCUUGAGCAAUUUUUAAAAUAUCUUCCUUAUUUGUUGUUAUUUCUCCUUUUUUAUUUACAAGUUUACAAAUAUUUUUCGAUCCUUCAGUCAUUUGUCGGCGCAGUACCUUUAAACUCUUAUUUUUAUCAAUGGCUUGAGUUAUGUGUUCAGUGUUGUAAUUUCUGACAUCUUUUCGAAUGGAUUUUGAAUAAAAAAAUGAAAUAUUUAAAAGUUUCAAAAAAUUUCGUUUUUUUUUCUACUUUCUUUGCUUAUAACUUUAAAAAGAUUCAUUUUGAAACAAAGUCGUAUAGGAAUAAAACAAAGAUAAUUAAAUUUUUCAUCAGAUACGAUUGGUUAAAAAUGUCUUAAUUUAACACCCUUGCUGCAAAAUAGCAAUAAAUAUAAAAUAAGGGGGCAAAACAAGCCUGUCCUUAUUCAAUGUUUUGCCAUCACUUAGGUUACACUUGGAAUCUUCCUAAUUCGCUUAGAAAAUUUUUGUAAUGUGCUAAAACCGUCCACCGAAUUUCACUAAAAUUGACUUACUAGAUUUUGCAUAAUAAUUUUGCAAUCUAAAUUUUUUUAAACAAUUAAAAUUUUUUAAAAUCUUGCACAACAAAAAGUAGAACAUACAAAGAUUUGUCAAUUUUUUUACAUAUAAAGGCACUCCACCUAUCUAAUGCACUUUACAGAAUUGAAAUCGGAUUAUUUAAGCAGCCUCAGCAAUGUUUUAAAGUUAUAAACAAUUUUUUGGCUUAUAACAAAUUAGUGUUGUGUCCAGGAGGGGGUGCUACGGGCUCCUUUAUUUAGAUGGACUUACCCAAGUCUUUUUUAUGUAUUUUGACCCGUAAAACACGAAUUUUUUUGGGUAACAGUUGAUCCGGAUGUCGACAAGAUCGUUAUAAAUAAAGAACUUGAGGAAUUACAUAACAUCGAUUUUUCGCAAAAUAAACAUUUUUUUGUAUUUCUUGGGUAAUUCUAAGCAAAAAAUGUUCUUACAAGUUUUUUCGUAGGAUGCAUAGUUUUCGAGAUAAACGCGGUAGAACAUUCAAAAAAUCGAAAAAUUGCAAUUUUUGAACGAGAAUAACUUUUGAUUAAAAAAUAAAAUAGCAUUUCUGCUGACAGCAUUUGAAAGUUUAAGUCAAAUUAUAUCGGUUUUAAUUAUUUGCAUUGCUAAAAAUUAUUAUUAAACAAAGCUAUUUGUUUAUAAGCCAAAAAAUUGUUUAUAAUUUUAAAACAUUGCUGAGGCCCCUUAAAUAAUCCGAUUUUAAUUCUGUAAAGUGUAUUAGAUAGGUAGAGCACCUCUUUAUAUGUAAAAAUAUUAGCCAACUUCUAAAUAGUCUACUUUUUGUUCAGAAAGAUUUUAAAAAAUUUGAACUUUUUUAAAAACAUUUACAUUGCAAAUUUAUUAUGCAAAUCUAUUAGGUCGAUUUUAAUUAAAUUUGGUAGACCAUUUAAGUAAGUUAUAAGAAUUUUCUAAGCGAACUACUAAGGUUCUAAGUACCACCAAAGUGGUUAAGAAACAUUGAAUAACAACAGGCGCAUUUUGCCCCCUUAUUUUGUAUUUAUUGCUAUAUUGCAGAAAAGGUAAUACCUUGACACUUUUGACCAGUCGUAUAUCAUACAAAAUUCAAUUAUCUUUAUUUUAUUUCUCUACGACUUUGUUCCAAAACGAAUCGUUUUAAAGUUAUACGCAAAGAAAGCAGAAAAAAUCGAUAUUUUUCGAAAUUUUUUAAAUAUUUUAAUUUUUUUAUUAAUGUUCCGGGCAUAUUUGAGAAGGAGCAUAAGUCAAUUAUUAUUACUGAAGGUGUCACCUAACUUUAUCUGCAAAAAUCCGAAUGCCACCUCUCACAUCCAAAAAUACACGUUUUUUACAGAUUAGUCCUGGUCUAAUAAACAAGAAGUAAGAGCGAGAAUAGACGUAGCCCGACAAGGGUUUAUCAAAAUGAAAAGAUUAUUUUGUAACAGUAGUAUUAAUAUCAGCAUUAGAUGUCGUUUUCUGCAUGGCUAUGUGUGGUCAAUACUUUUGUAUGGAACGGAGGCCUGGACAUUCAACAUAACACUGAUUAACAAGUUAGAAAUCUUUGCACUUUGGCUUUAUAGAAGAAUCUUGAAAAUACCUUGGACAACCCUCACCACAAACGAAAAUGUUCUGAGGGGAAUAGGUACAGAUAGGGAACUACUAAAGAUUAUUAAAGUUAAAAUAGUUAACUACCUUUGACACAUAAUGAAAAACGAAAACUACCCCCUCGCGGAACUGAUCAUCCAGGGUAAGAUUGAAGGAAAACGGGGUCCCAGUAGACAUCAGAUCAGGAUUAGAAAUAUCAGAGACUGGAGCGUCCUUGAUUCAACAUCUUUGUUAAGAGCCACAUUGGACAGAGAUAUAUUUGUCAGUGUAGUCGCUAACCUCCACUAAAGGCGAAAGCACCACAAGAAGAAGAAGGUGUUUGGCAGUGUUGCCAUUAUAAGAAUGUCUUUAAGGCAGAGGUUCUCAACCUGUGGUACAUGUACCACUGGUGGUACAUAUCAUUAUUGGCGGUGGUACACAAAACACAGAAAAAAUUAAAAUAGUAGUAGGUACUUAGUAAGUAUUGAUAUGCUUUUUUUCAUGAGGAUCUUUCAGUGCGUCACAGUUUUCGAUUUCUUUCUAACGCAUUAAAUUGUAUGUGACAGAAAAAACGCACGUCGGUGAUUACAUUUCGUCGGUGACAUUUAUAACAUUUAUUCUAGUUGUCAAUAGAUGGCGCCAUAAUCGAAAAUAAAAUAAUUUUCGAAUUAUAUAAUAUAUCUACGAAUAUAAUCUGAACAAUUUGUAAGACUAUACAAAUCAAAGAAAAUACCAUUUUAUAAAUGCAAUAAACACAACUGAUUUGUUUUCUUACCAAAUUGCAAAUAAAAUGUGACAAUUGUCAGAUUUAACUAAAAUGCCAUGUCACUAAAAUGUAUAUUGUCACGAACUUACCUUUUUUCUAUCAUUUGUGACGCACUGAAAAAUGCUCAUGAAAAGAAGCAUAAUACAAUUUAAAAAUAUAGGUGGUACCAAAAAUAAUAAAAUUAACUGUAGGUGGUACAUAACUCAAAAAGGUCGAGAACCGCUGCUUUAAGGGCUUUAAGUCGGAGGUUAAUUAAUUCAUAUAUUCUAGUGAUGUCCCAUGGAUGGAUCGUAUUCGCUUCAGGAAGUCUGGAUGAAUAACAAAUUGAUCUGACUUACUUGUUUAUUUAAUCACUACAUACUGCACUGUUUUACUAUGGAGAAGACACGAAUUAGCCCUCGCGUAGAAAUAAUACUAGGCAAAAAUCUACAUUAAUGAUAAUGUACAAACUUCCGAUAAUAUCAUUACUUCAAUUCGAUCUCGUGUUUACUUUACUUGUAUUUAUAUUAACAGUUUAAUGUCAAACGUGAGUAGGUCGGAAAGCAUUAGAUGGCCAGGCAAGGCCGUAUUAUCAUAAUAUCCAAAACAUUACACAUUUUAUUUUUAUACUUUUCUGCCUUCACAUACACUUUCAUAAAACAAUAUAAUAAACAUGUACUUUUUCAAAGCUUUCUCUGUAUAUGUAUUUGAGGCGUACAUAAAAUACAUUAUAAGGAAAUGGCAACACUGCCAAACGCAAAUAUUUCGUUCUGUGGUCAUUGUUUGUAGCUAACUUCAUCAGAAUGGACUCUGAACAUCGUCCUUAAAAUGAUUCGAACCUGUUUAUAUACAGUAAGUUCAAGAAACUCUUUCCAGUAAGAUAUUUCAUAAUGUAAUGGUAUACAACCUUGUAUAAUAUGUAAAUAUGUACGUAAAACGUUUAGUAAUCGACAGUAAAUAGAUUUGUGCAAAGGGCACCCCCCAUUAAGAUAGGCAAAACGCCCACAUUCAAAGAAUUAAUUUUUUUUCAUUUUUUAUGCUGUAUGUAAUUAAAAAAUAAGACUCAGCGCCAUGUUAGUAAAAAUCCCCCCAAUAACCCUGGAACACCUAGUUUUUCGAAUAACCUAUGGUUGUACAUAUUUGCUUCUUUGAGGUCUGAAAAAAUUAUUGUUUAUAUAUUUUAUAUGAAUUGGAGACGCAAUGAUUCAAUUUAGUCUAUCUCAAAAAAUAUGAGUAACCUCGCAAAUAUUUAGCAAAUCGUGGGCGUACUGGAAAAAUCCACUAACUCACAAAAGUAAAGUUUUGAGAAAAACGCAUUUAAACAUUAUUAUACCUUUUGGUUCACCUAUUAUUAUACCUAUUAACAUUUGUUUAAAAUUUACACAUUUCUUAAGAUAUCUCGAGAUAGAAAAAAGAUAUCGGCAUGCGGUUUUCGGUAUUAUGUUGCUAAUUUUGUAAUAUGUACAGGAUUAAAAAUGCAUACUUGUAUUUAAUAUUUUCCAAAGAAAACUAGAUUUCUGAGAAUAAUCAAAUAAAGCCUCCUAGCUUGCUUAUUACUUAUUAGGCUAUUUCGAAAAUAAGACACUUACAUUGACGAAAAAAAGCUGUUUUCAACAAGACCAAGUAUGCAAAAUUCGGUUUAGCAGAACCGGACUUACAGCCAUUUUUUCAUAAGAAGGUUCCCACUCACCCCCACCUCUUAUUUGCAACGGUAGACUUAAACUUGUGAAACCAAAUAUGCGCAGAAUUUUAUGAAGAAUACGAUGAUUGGAUUUCCAGGGCCCUUUCAUUAGGUAAAUUUUGUAAAAUUUUGAUUUUUUAAUUUUUGAUAUUCAAUUACGCCCUCUAGCGGUGGACCUACAAUUAUGAAAAUAAUUUCCAGGCUUUUCCCGAGGCAACUUUUGUUAUAAAUAUUUUUUUCUCAAAGCUGUACUAUAAACGGUUCCUGAGAUAUGGCCGAGAGUCAUUCUUAUUGGGACACCCGGUACAUAAAAAUAUUUGGAAAAACAUUAUUUUAUUCAAGAAAACUUAGAAAAAAGAUGGUGUUAGUUGAUUUUCUUUGUCAUUUAAUGUAUCGAUUUAAGCACGGUGGAUGAUGAAUUUGGAGAUAUGCGGUUUUUCCUGUUAACAUAUUGAUGUUUGUGGAUUUAAUGGUAUUAAAAAAUCAUAAUUGAAAAAAAUGGGGUUAGUGGAUUUUCCUAGUACGCCCACGAAAUAUCCUUAAAAAUCUUGCAAAAACAUGAUUUUUUGGGCUUAAAGGUGUUUCGCCCAAUUUCUGAAUGUCCUAAAGGACUUAGUUACAUCAAGUUAUAUAUAGCAUAUAAAAAAACCUUGAUUUGAUAUAUUUCAAAGCCUAUAAAAUCGAAAAAAAUCCAAAAAACCCCUAAAAAAAGUUUUUCGGGUUUUUAAAGGUGGCGCAUCUUACGGAAAAAUCUUAAAAAAAUGAGAAAUAUAGUUUUGAUAAAACACACAAAAUACAACAAAAAACGUGCAACCAUCUCAAAGAAACAUCUAACAAUAAAACACUGAAAACGUUUGUUUUCUAUACUUCCACAAAAUUUAUUAUAACUAAGUGACUACAGCUGUUUCGGCGGAGUGCCUUUCUCAAGUGAUAUAGUUUACAAUGUGUUUGCCUUUUUAAGUCUUCAACUGAAGAGGUUGAGGAGUGGGGAGCUGUUUGUCUCGAGUUGGUCAUUCAGAAUUAUAUCUGUAUUUUUCAGUUUAUUAAUUUCCAUAGAUUCUAAAAAAGAUAGCUUAAGGCCUUUAUUUUGAAUAUGUAGAAUUUUUGAAUAUCACUUAGUUAUAAUAAAUUUUGUGGAAGUAUAGAAAACAAACGUUUUCAGUGUUUUAUUGUUAGAUAAAAUGAACUUCCAUCAAGUAACGGUCGAAUCCAUCAAUUAUUCAAAGAAACAUGUUUUUUUUUGAAAAAAAAAAUGCAUUUUUAGAUUAUGUACACUCAAGUUGUAAGUCUAUAAAAAAUAGACAAGUUUUGUAAAAGCCACAACUAGGCGUGUGACUAUUUUGAAAUUGACUUUCAGUCCACACAAAAAAAAAUAAUAAAAACGAAAAAAUGAGGUUUUUGAGGGUAGGGAGAGGGGCGUAAAAGGUAAAAUUGCGAUGAGUCUUAUUUUUUAAUCAUGUAGAACGUAAAAAAAAUGAAAAAAAUUAAAUUCUGUGAGUGAAUUCCAUUGCGUAUCUUAACGGGGGUAUACCCUUUAUUGUAUUUUAAUCGUGUUUUUGUUAUUUUUUAUAUUUUUUAUUAGGGUACAACGAAAAAUUUUUCGUUUAGUGGAAAUGUUGAAAUUAAUUGUAUGUGUAAUGAAGUCUAAUGAAAUUAAUUUUUAUUAAAUAUAAUUUAUUCUAUUG